AAAGAGAGAGAAAAAAAAAAAAAGAAAAAAAGAAAGAUAAAAAGGAAAGAGAGGAGAAUUGUCGAUUGAAUGAGGAAUGACCAACUUGAUUUUAAAAUAUAAAUAUUUUUCAAUUGCCGCUCAGUUUCCACAAAAGGUUUCAGGGACUGGUCUUCCCAGAACGCCAAGUAUUUCCUUUUGCUGGAAUUUUUUUUUUUCUACUAAAGCCAAGAAUGAUUGAAAACCAUAUUGUUUGGAUUGAUUGUGAAGUAAAACAACAAUAAUAAUAAUAAUAUGGCAGUUUGCUUUGUUAUCUAUUAUCGAUAGUUUGAUCUAGGUUGACACCAACUUUAUUAACUUGCUCUCUUUGUUAAAAGAUGACAGGAUUGGAUCUUGAGAAAGAUCACUUGAUAGAAAUAGCAGUUUUAAUUACUGAUGGCGAUCUUAAUAUAGUAGCAGAGGGUCCUGAAAUAAUUAUUCAUCAGCCACUAGACGUUAUGGAGGCAAUGAAUCCUUGGUGUGUUGAGUAUCAUGGCAAGAGUGGACUGACCAAGGCAGUAUUGGAAUCUACAGUUACUACCAAACAAGCUGAGCAGCAAGUAUUACAAUUCAUCAAGCAACAGCUUCCUGACAUGAAAGGCAAAAUUCCUUUGGCAGGCAACUCAGUCCAUGCUGAUAAACGAUUUCUUGAAAAGGAAAUGCCUGCCAUUAUCGAUUAUCUUCACUACCGUAUUAUAGAUGUAAGCACUAUCAAGGAGCUUACUAAACGAUGGUACCCUGAGGUGGCCAACAGUAUGAUCAAGCGAAACAAACAUCGUGCACUAGACGACAUCAAAGAAAGUAUUGACGAACUAAAGUAUUACCGUCAGCAUGUUUUUGUACAAAAUUCAUGAUAGGGUUCCGAUCAGAAUACGUGAAAUUUCUUAAACUCACUGACUUCAUUUGAUGUUGUUAUUUUUAGCGUUCAUUUCAAUACCACUAUCGAUAGCCACCAGGAGUCGCUCCUAUAACAUAAAACAAAGAAACACACAUCAAUUAUUUUUGGUUGACCGGCAUAACCUUUUGGAAUAAGUGGUGGGGGGAGAUAUGAUGAUAAAUACCAGCGCAAGUGCAAAGACGUUCAUCUAUUUUUAAAAGCCCUUUUGAUUUUUUACGGCCAAGGCAUGAAUAAAGAAAGGUUAAAAAAAAAACAUAA